AUGACCAGAGAGAGGGGUGGCAUGGUGGUGCAUGGUGAGCACGGGCAUGGGCUGGUUUUUGGUCAUGGUGACCAAGUGGAAGGGUUGCAGGGGCUUGGACUGUGGGCAAUCGAGCUCGGCAUCCACAACAUCACCUACGAGCCACACCGUGCGGUCAAAUCCCAGGCGCUGGCUGACUUCUUCGUCGAUUGGGAGGAAGCACAACAACCAACCUCCCCGACGGACCUCAAGCACUGGAUCAUGUACUUCGACUGCUCCAAGAACCUUGAAGGGGCGGGAGCUGGGAUCGUCCUCAUCUCGCCGAAAGGUAACAUUAUGAGGUACGUCCUGCAGCUGCAAUUCGAACCCUGCACCAACAAGAUGGCCGAAUACGGGGCACUCCUCCAUGGCAUGCGAAUCGCCAAGGAGAUGGGCGCAACAAGACUGCGCUGCUUCGGCGACUCCAAUCUCGUCGCUAGUCAGACCUCAGGCACCUGCGACACCACCGACGCCAACAUGAUCGCCUACAAGCGGGCGGUCGACCAGGCCAGCGCUAGCUUCGCCGGGCACGUCGUCCAAUGGGUCAACAGACGCAAGAACGGGGAGGCCGACGCACUCUCCAGGCUCGGCUCCAAGCGACAACCAUCUCUGCCGGGCAUCUUCCUCGACAUCCUCACACACCCGUCGGUGCGAGUACCCCACAAGGUCUACAUCGCCGAGCCGCCCGCACCCGACUCCGUGCUAGUCGCAGUCGUCUCAGACGUUGGGGACUGGACGGAGCCGUACAUCAACUACCUCGAGCGGCAAGUCCUGCCCAUGGACGAGACGGAGGCACACAUGAUCGUGCGCCGAUGCAAGUCCUUCACCAUCAUCAACCAAGAGCUGUACAAACGCAACAUCUCCGGAGUAUUUCAGCGGUGCGUCACCGUUGAAGAGGGAUGCAAAAUCCCGCGUGACAUACACGCAGGGGACUGCGGCCACCACGCGGGCGCUUGGUCGAUAGUGGCCAAAGCCUUCAGGCAGGACUUGUACUGGCCAACAGCCCACGGAGACGCAGUCGAACUCGUUCGCGCGUGUGUCGGGUGCCAGAAGUACGCGAGCCAAUCGCACAUGCUAGGCUCGGCACUCAAGACCAUCCCCCUCACUUGGCCAUUCGCCGUGUGGGGCAUGGAUAUGGUGGGCGAGUUCAAAACAGCCCCAGGAGGAUACACUCACCUCCUUGUCGCUAUCGACAAAUUCACGAAAUGGGUCGAAGCAAAAUCCAUCAAGAAGUGUGACGGCAAAACCGCCACAAAGUUCCUGCGGGAGUUGAUCUAUCACUAA